AUGGUUCACAUAUCUCGUCUUUCUAGUUACAACCGGGAGGACGUGCGCAAGUUCCUCCUUAUACUAAAGGAGUUUGUGCUAGUCUAUAAGGACAAUAAGGUCACCAUCAACUACCAGAGCAGACCUGUUGUUCUUUUCUUUGGCACGCUCAUUGCUACGUUUGGCGUGGGGGCUUUCUUUACCAUCAAGUCGUUGAUCUUGAGGUAUAAUGAGUACGCUUACAAGAGAUCUCAGAAUAGACCCCGCUUGAUCCGCCAGCUGUCCACGAUUUUGAAGAAUGGCGCCAGAGAGAUCUUUGUACCCAAGGGUAAGAACUCCUCCACCAGAAUCAUCAUUCCCAAGCCCAGUUUGGACAGAUACGCCGCUGACAAGUAUCUUUACAAGAAUUUCUACAUUGAUCAGCGUUUGAAACAGCAGAAUAACAUCUUCAACCUGAAAUUCUUGAACCAGAUCAUCAUCAUCUGGCGUAUCCUCAUCCCACGGUUCUACUCAAAGAACACUUAUUUAUUGCUCUCUCAGUGCUUCUUCUUGGUCUUGCGUACGUGGUUGUCCUUGAUCAUUGCCAAGUUGGACGGUCAGAUCGUCAAGAACUUGAUUUCCGCCAACGGCAAGAAGUUUGUGCGUGACUUGAUCUACUGGAUCUUGAUCGCCUUCCCAGCGUCCUACACAAAUGCCGCCAUCAAAUACUUGACCAACCGCUUGUCGUUGAGUUUCAGAACAAACUUGAUCAGAUACAUCCACGACAUGUACUUGGACAAGGUCAUGACCUACUACAAGAUCUCGCUUAGUCAAAGCGAUCUCGAAAACAUCGACCAGUACAUCACGAACGAUAUCUCCAAGUUCUGUGACUCCAUCUGUGGCUUGUUUUCCAGCAUGGGUAAGCCCCUCAUUGACUUGUUUUUCUUCUCGGUCUACUUGAGAGACAACUUGGGAACCGGUGCUAUUGUUGGUAUCUUCGCCAACUACUUUGCCACGGCAUUCCUCUUGAAACAGUAUACCCCAUCGUUCGGUAAGUUAUCUGCCCAGAGAACCCAUUUGGAGGGUCGUUACUACAACGAGCACUUGAACCUUAUCACCAACUCGGAAGAGAUUGGUUUCUACAAGGGUUCUAUCAUCGAGAAGGCCAAGUUGAAGGAAACCUUCGAAGGUUUGAUGGGCCAUGUCUCCAAGGAAAUCAACAUCUCCUUCUGGUAUUCCAUCCUUGAAGACUAUGUCUUGAAGUACACUUGGUCUGCUUGGGGUUACGUCUUUGCAGGUUUGCCAGUCUUUUUGGAGGACUUGUGGCCAAAGGCACAGCAGCAUGUUGAUGAGGGCGAAUCCGCUCCCGCUCCAGCAAGCAAGAGCAAGGUUGAUGACAAGGGUAACAUGAGACAGUUCAUCAUCAACAAGAGAUUGAUGUUGUCGUUGGCUGAUGCCGGCUCGAGAUUGAUGUACUCUCUUAAGGAUAUUUCUGAGCUCACAGGUUACACCGACAGAGUUUUCAAGUUGCUUACCGAGUUGCACAAGGCUCACUCCCCUAAGUUCGACUUUGGCUCCAGAUAUGGCAUUGCUGACAUCCACGGUACUAUUCAACACAACUACAGCGGUGGUGUUCGUUUUGAGCACUUCCCUGUUAUCAUUCCUGGAAGUAACGGUAGCGAGGGUACCAAGCUUAUUGACAACCUUAACGUUCACAUCCUGGCGCACAAGAACCUUUUGGUUUUGGGCUCUAACGGUUGCGGUAAGACCUCUAUCGCCCGUAUUAUGGCUGGCUUGUGGCCAUUGUACUACGGUUUGAUGUCUAAACCUAGCGACGAUGAGAUUUUCUACUUGCCUCAAAAGUCUUACUUCACCAACGGCAAUUUGAGAGACCAAAUUAUAUACCCAUCUUCUUAUGACGAUAUGCUCGAAAUGGGCUACAAUGAUGACCAUUUGUACCACAUUUUGCGUGAAGUUAAGUUGGACUACUUGUUGACAAGAGAGGGCAACUUCAACGUGAAGAAGGACUGGAAGGAUGUCUUCAGUGGUGGCGAGAAGCAGAGAAUGAGCAUUGCUCGUGUGUUGUUCAAGAACCCCAAGUUCGUGGUUUUGGAUGAGUCCACCAAUGCUGUUUCGACUGAUGUUGAGGACUACUUGUUUGAAUUGUUGCAGAGAAAGAAGAUAACGUUCAUUACCCUCUCCCACAGACCGCUCUUAAUGAAGUACCAUGAUUUCAUCUUGGAAAUCAAGAACGAGAAGGGUGAGCCAGACAAGUGGAUCUUCCACGACUUGACCUCUGAGGAGAACUUGAAGACUAUCGAUAAUGAGAUCAAAGAUAUCGAAUCUAAAUUGGACCAGGUCGAGGAGUGGGAAAAGAGAAAGGCCGAUAUCGAGAAGUACUUGGACGGUAAGUACGACGAUAUCGAGGAGGAAGCUAGCACAGCAAUGACGGCAUCUGCGUCAUUUGAGAUUUAG